AAGUGCGCAUGGGUUCGAACCCCAUAGCCAGCACCAAUUUAAAAUUUUUUUAAUUUUAAUUUUCAAUUAAAUUUAGUAUUUCAAAAUCUACGGCCCAUAACAUAACAGUCCGCUUGAAUAAAGCCCAAACCCAAUUUGUAAAAGCCCAAAAUACAUUACGAAAAAAUUAUCAAAGUUCCCAGCCCGCCCUUCCUUCGAUCAGCACCGCAUAAUCUCCAACCGCCAAAAAAAGAAGAAAUAAAAAAAGAACCUCAUACUUCCGAAGGACUCGACGACGACGACUCCUGUUUUUGUUCCUCUUUGUUUUCAGAAAAGAAAAGACAACUCAUUUUCUCUCCUUCCGAAAAGGAAUACUCACAAGUUGUAAUUCAGUCUUAUUUGGCUUCAAAUUUUGUUGUCAAGGCAUUCGCCGGCAAAUCUUCCUCCGACAGCCUCAACCACCGCCGCCCCGUUGUCAAACCUGUCGUUCAGCCCUCUCCAAUCUCAUCAUCUCUAUCUAGAGAAAUAUCACACUUGUUCUUCUGGUAAUUAAAGGAAAGGUGUAUCGGUAUCUUAUGGAAUUGUAAAAACAAAUUGGAGUAUAGUGGGGAUGUGAUGAGUGCAAUAGUUCCCUUGAUGAAACUUUUGUCCCUCACGGUUAUCGGGCUGGUUCUUUCGCACCCGAAAACUGAGUUGAUACCCAGAGCUACUUUUAAGCUCCUCAGCAAGCUUGUUUUCGCCUUGUUCUUGCCCUGUCUAAUCUUUACCGAGCUAGGUGGAUCGAUUACACUUGAAAACUUUAUUAAGUGGUGGUUUAUCCCAUUUAAUGUGUUGGUGAGUACGCUUAUUGGUUGCUUCCUCGGGUAUUUAGUGGUGAUCAUAUGUAGUCCUCCCCCACAGUUGAACAGAUUCACCAUAAUCAUGACGGCGUUCGGGAAUACUGGAAAUCUCCCAGUUGCCAUUGUUGGAUCUGUCUGUCAUACUCCGAAAAACCCAUUUGGACAGCAUUGUCACUCCCGAGGGGUGGCUUAUGUCUCUUUUGCCCGAUGGGUUGCUGUAAUUCUUGUAUAUACCUUUGUUUACCACAUGAUGGAGCCUCCGUUGGAGUACUAUGAGAUAGUUGAAGAAGGGUGUGAAAAGGAGGAACCACUACCUAACGUUACGAGCAGGCCUCUACUUGUAGAAGCUGAAUGGCCGGGUAUUGAAGAAAAAGAAACCGAGCUUUCCAAGGCACCCUUUAUUGCUAGGGUUUUCAAAAGCAUCUCAAACGUUUCGCUCAACACUUUGCCAGAUGUUGAUCUCUCGGGAGAAGGUGGCCGAAACAGUCCCAGGUCGGCUAGGUGUUUGGCUGAACCUAGGGUGGUCAAGAGGAUGAGAAUCGUUGCCGAGCAAACUCCAUUACAGCACAUACUGCAACCUCCAACAAUUGCCUCUUUAUUGGCUAUCACCAUCGGGACAAUGCCAAUGUUAAAAGCUUUUUUCUUCGGAGAUGAUGCUCCACUGUCCUUCAUCACAGACAGUUUAGAGAUUUUAGCCGGUGCAGUGGUGCCUUCGGUGAUGCUUAUUCUUGGGGGUAUGCUUGCAGAGGGGCCAAAUGAGUCUACGCUUGGCCUCCGGACAACUGUUGGUAUAACUGUGGCAAGGCUUUUACUGCUUCCUCUGGUGGGAAUUGGUAUAGUGGCGUUGGCCGAUAAGCUCAAUUUUCUGGUCGACGACGAUGCAAUGUACAAGUUUGUGCUCUUGAUGCAGUACACGACACCGAGUGCAAUUUUAUUGGGAGCAAUAGCCAGCUUGAGGGGUUACGCAGUUAGAGAGGCCUCGGCAAUCCUCUUCUGGCAGCAUGUGUUCGCUCUCUUCUCCCUUUCCUUGUACAUUGCUAUCUACUUUAAAUUAGUCACAUAUGUCUGAGGUUUGAAGAAGAUGGGUUUGUUUCUUAAACAAAAACCUCUGCAACUGGCGAAGGAAAGUGGCUUUUGGCCUUUGUUCUUUCAUUUCUCAAAAGCCAGUGAUGAUUAAUUGUCUAAAGCUUCAUUAAUACCAAAAUCAGAGCUGUGAACAAGAAUAUUAGCACCCGAAUUUCGCAGAACUACGUGUUAAAGGUGUAUUUUUAUGGUAGUUUAUGAUGAUGUUUGGGAAAAUGGAGUUAACAUGGAGUGUCAUGUUUACUUUUAAGGAAUGAGAAUCCAAGGUAUCUGUAUCGUUCCCAUUAUUCUCAUUUCUGACCGAUUCUCUAUUUAUUAAUCCACAAGAAAUGAAUAAAUUAGUUUGUCCUAUGUUGAAAAUAUAUAAUCAUUCCAAAAUUUAACGAUAUAUAAUUACUAGUAAACAAAAAAAAAAAAAAAA